AUGCAGGAGAUGUUCUAGGAUGGACCAUCCAGAGGAGAGAAGGGAACGAGGUCCCUUUGGGAAUCAAUGUGGAUCUGGUCGACGCGGGCGGUCGGGAGCCAGGGAUCCUCGGGGUGGAAGGUGCACACAGAGGCAUGUCGAGGUCUCCAUUGGACCUGUCGUCUGUGCAGCUCCGUGGCCGUUCUCCGAUUCAGGGUGAGAAGCCCGAUUUCUUGGAGACAAAUGCAGUCAACGAGAGCCUUGUCAAGAGCAGACCAGUGCGGAGCGUGGAGGUCACCCCAGCACCUGUGGACUGUGAGCUAUCCAGCUGGUCCUCCUGGACUGCGUGUGACCCCUGUCAGAAGAAAAGGUACAGACAUGCUUACUUGCUCCGGUCCUCUCAGUUCAAUGGGGAAUUAUGUGACUUCUCUGACAAGGAAGUUGAAGACUGUGUCACCAGCCGACCCUGCAGAAGCCAAGUGAGAUGUGAAGGCUUUGUGUGUGCACAGACAGGAAGGUGUGUGAAUCGCAGACUCCUCUGCAAUGGGGACAAUGACUGUGGAGACCAAUCUGAUGAAGCAAACUGUAGGAGGAUUUAUAAAAAAUGUCAACAGGAAAUGGAGCAGUACUGGGCAAUUGGCAAGCUAGCCAGUGGGAUAAAUCUGUUCACAAACACUUUCGAGGGCCCCGUCCUCGAUCACCGGUAUUAUGCUGGUGGGUGCUCCCCCCACUACAUCCUGAACACCAAGUUUAGGAAGCCAUACAACGUGGAAAGCUACACCCCACAGACCCAAGGCAAAUAUGAAUUUUCAUUUAGAGAAUAUGAAUCAUAUUCAGAUUUUGAACGCAAUGUGACAGAGAAAGCAACCAGCAAGUCUAGUUCCAAGACUGGUUUCAAAAUAGAUUCUAUCAUUGAGUUUGGAUUUAAGGAAGACAGCAAUGAAGACAAACAGUACAUUAGCAGAAUCAAAAGAUUUUCCCACACUAAAAGCAAGUUUCUGCAUGUGCACUCUGUCCUUGAAGUGGCACAUUACAAGCUGAAGUCCAGAAACCUCAUGCUCCACUACGAAUUCCUCCAGAGGGUCAAGAGCCUGCCCCUGGAGUACAGCUAUGGGGAAUACCGAGAUCUCCUUCGUGAUUUUGGGACCCACUUCAUCACUGAGGCCGUGCUUGGGGGCAUCUAUGAGUACACGCUUAUCAUGAACAAAGAUGCCAUGGAGCGAGCAGAUUAUACUCUUGACCAUGUUUCUGCCUGUGCUGGACACCGAUUCAAAGUUGGUGCUACCAUCUCUGUAGUAAACUUCAAGUUGGAUGUGUCGCAAAAGAACUGCAAUGACAUUCUGAAUGAAAUCAAAGACAGAAAUAAGAGGAACACCAUGGUGGAAGACUUGGUAGUUCUUGUGCGAGGAGGGGCGAGUGAAUACAUCACCUCCUUGGCGUACAGGGAACUGCCAACAGCUGAACUGAUGCAGGAAUGGGGAGACGCUGUACAGUACAACCCAGCAAUCAUCAAGAUCAAGGCCGAGCCCCUGUAUGAGCUUGUGACAGCCACAGACUUUGCCUACUCCAGCACCGUGAAACAGAACAUAAAGAAGGCGCUAGAAGAAUUCCAGAUGGAGGUCAGCUCCUGCCACUGUGCUCCUUGCCAAGCCAAUGGAAUCCCUGUCUUGAAAGGGUCACGUUGUGACUGCAUCUGCCCUGCUGGCUUCCAAGGCAUAGCCUGUGAGGUCAACAAUCGGGAAGACAUCCCCAUUGACGGAAAGUGGAGUUGCUGGUCCAACUGGUCUUCAUGCUCUGGAGGGCACAAAAGAAGACAAAGGCAGUGUAACAAUCCAUCGCCUCAGAAAGGAGGCAGCCUCUGUUCAGGCCCUGCUUCGGAAACGCUCAGCUGUUAGAGGAGGGAACACACCCAGCGGGUGACCUGACCCAGCAUGAGCUCUGGACCUCACAAACGCAGCCAGGCUUCCCACAACCAUCUCCCACACAGAGCUGCCACAUACACAAAAAAAGGCAAUGCCACUCUGCCUGUUAAAGAUUUUACUUUGUUCAGUGGCUGUUUAUUUGAAUAGGCAGUAGUUUGAACAAAACCCCAAGUCCUUGCAUGACAAACUUCCUUUGCUCACUCUGCACUCUUAUUACCCUCAUGGUCUAGGAGCGAGAAACCAUCUUGGUCACUACAUAGUGACAAAGGCAGAUAGUAGGUGUUUAAUAAUACAACAGUAAAUUGAUAAGAAGAUGUUCAACCCUUGGUAAGCACACAGUCUUGUUCAGUAAUAAUGACAGCCAGUCUCCAUGAAAUGAUUUCUAUGUACCACCCACCCAUUCCCAUGACAACCUCGCAAGACAAAUAUAAGGAAAGCAGGCUUGGGAGGCUGUAACGACUUUUUCCAGGUCAUACAAUUAGGAAAUGGCAGAAUCGUGCUGCAAACAAGGCUCCAGAAUUUUAAAUUCUCAACUAUGAGGCUUGUCUUCUUUUCUGAGCAAGCAUGUUGUUAGCAAAGAACUGUUCAUGAAAUAAAACGCAGCAGGAAGCUGUGUGUGCUUAUGGGGGGGGUGUGCACUGUGCAGGGGGGUGUGUGUGUGUAUGUGUGUGUGUGUGUGUACGAGUAUGAGUGUGCUCUUGUGCAUUUUAUGUUACUGACUGGUCUGUGCCUGCUGCCUUGCCAGGAGAGUGGCUUUGGCUCCCUUAGUUUCUUUGAUGCUGAGUGAUAGGCAUCGAAGUGUGUGGCAACAGAAAUCACAGAUCAGCCCUGGAUGGUGAUCAAUGACAGAGCAUGCCUGGGAGCCAAGGAAAACUGAUCACUCCAGGAGAUUGGAGGAUGGAAUGGAAAGAGAAGGUCGCUGUGGCUAGAAUAUAGGUCAAGGGGCUGUUGGCUGUGGGGUAUGCUCUGCCAUCCCUCCAUCCCUCCUCUGAGAUACUGUCUGCACAUUCCACUUUGUACACUGGGCUUUUGUGCAAAUCCUAUUUAAGGGGAUGAGAGCUUGAAGAGGUCAAUGGGACAGCUACUGAUGUCCAGGCUCUCAACAUCAUUUUCCUUUAGUGCUAAGUGGGUAAGUUCCAUAUUUCUUAUACAUUCCCUCUUUUCAUUGCUCUGUUUGCCCGUGGGCAUGUCUCCCUGAUUGAGGAACUCCAGGAAAGUUGCUUCUUGAAAUAAAAUGGAUCUGGAAAAGCAGUUUGCUAAAGGUAAA